UUGUGGCACUGUGUUUUCAGGCGAAUCCGGUCGUUAAGCGAUGCUCUGGGUUAUACCAAAAUCGAGGAACAAAGCUUGCCAGUGGAAUUGGAUCCUGAUCUCGAAUAUCCGGGCUGGGAACAAUAUCGAGAAAAUGCAGAGACUCAAUACCGUAGUGCCUUCUUCGAUGAAUUUGGUGGCUUCAUGAGAAAUACGGUGCCGGAUCUUGAGGACUGUCAAGGCCUGCAGGAUCGAAGGAUUUGCCUCUCGCCUUCAUUUGAAAUGCGAAGAAAGGCAUCUGCCUAUUAUAUUGUCGCUUAUCGGAGUGAAUCAACAUAUAUACCACAACGAGUUUUAUCAUUUGGAUGGCUGGCUUGGGAUGUUUUGCGCAAAGUGAAAAGUGAUAUGAGAUUCACCAACGACAGGCCAAUUUUCGUUAAUGAAUAUUGCACGACUCACGCAAAGGACAUGCAAAGCACGAUGCUGGCCAUUUGGAAAUCCGCUCCGACAGCAGCCAAAAUACUUCUGCCGUACUGUAGCCGUUAUAAAGGUUUGGGAAAUCUCUUCUAUAUCCUGAUAAAGUGGGCCAGUUUCCAUGGUUUGCUGAAUGAACGACUGAAUGCAACGCAUAUUUGCUUGCUGUUUGUGCAGUUCGGUCUUGGACAUUUUAAAAAUGACGAAUGCGCAAUGCCGGACAACUUUCUGGAACAGACGAACGAAAUAAGCCCGGCGAACCCCACAGAAGUUCAUGAUUUAAAUAGCCAGCUGGGUGGAAUUGGUUCAUGUCUGCUCAGAUUCUUCAAAUGUCUCAGUUCUCGCACUUUUCAAAUGCGCGAUUCGCUGGACUUCCGCAAUGUCGGAUAUUGUUCUUUAUUAGCCAAGGGACAGUGGAUGGAGCUGCAGAAGGUACGAAGUUUUGACACCCUCAUUCUGUGUUUUCUAAUAACUACAUUCUGUGCUUUUUAAUA